AUGGCCCGCCUCUCGCUCGCCCAGACUCUCCCGCCCGAACUCCUCACACGCAUCUUCGGCUGGCUCGUGGAGAUCAGCGUGCGACCCAAGAUGGGCAACUUCGCUCGCAGCGAUGUGCUCUUCUUCCUCGUGCCCGCGCGCUGUGCCACUCUUCGAGCCGCAUCCCUGGUCUGCCGGCAAUGGCGCUCGCCUGGACAGCAAACCCUCUUUCGCUUCUUGGACUUGACCCAAGGCGACUUGGAAGGACUCUUAAGCGUGGUAACGACUCAUCCGGACCUCGCGCGCGCCGUCCGAGCCGUUCACGCCGGUAUCGAUAGCGAGCACGAAACACGACGGUUCCCGACGGCGGAGGAGCAGCGCUUCGUCGACGACUGCACGAAUGCGUGUCGCAUCCUCGCCGCUUGCGACAACGUCAAGCAUCUCGUUCUGCGCGGAUUUAUGCGGGAAACGCAGGCGAGACUCAUCGGUGUCCUCGAUUCGAUCGAGCUCGAGUCGCUUGGAUUUGGCGAGGACUUCUGGUCUUCCUCGUGGCACACUCGGCUGUACGAGUUGUCACCGAACGAUCUCACCGCGCUUGUACAGAAGCCGACUCUGCGCCAUCUCGAAAUGCGCUGUUCGCGCGCGCUGAAGGCGUACCGCGCGCCUUUCCUGCCACUAUCGUUCGUCAAGCCAUCUUCAAAUGUCACGACACUUGCCCUCAAUGUUGAAUACCCGAGUUUCGCCCUCCGACUGAUCCAGCUGGUCGCAACAACACUUCUUGACUUGAGGAUCUACACCGAGUGCAUUUUCCCGGACGGCCAAGCCAUCAACGUCUUCGAGAGGCUGGAGCUGUUACGGCGCCUCGACUUUGCGGACAACAGCUUGGGGCCGGAAUUCACCGCUCGCAACUCUUGGCUCAUAACCGCCAUACCUCGCUUGCCUUCCCUGCGCGAACUAAGGGUGGGCGACGACUACGAGCCGUCCCGUCUGCUACAAGCAUUGCAACAAGUCACGCAUCUUUCGCACCGAUUCCGCCUCAUCGAGCCACACGCGAAACUUGUGUCGUUCCGCGAUGCCCUGCGCGCCACGGCCAAUUCGCUUCGAAUCAGAUCACUCUUCGUCAGUGACUACCCUAUGUGGGAUCGGGAUGCACGGGCUGUGGUCGGCGAGAUCGUGACUUUCGCGGCGUCCCGUGGCAUGGCGGUGGUGGCCUCCUCGUCGGAGCCUGAUCAGUACUCGUACCUCUCCUUCUUCUGGUACGUCGACUCCUUGCCCAUGGCAGCCAAAACGUGCUGA